CACGGAAGUACCCCACUAGAAGAACUGAACCGGUGGUCUCAUUGAAAAAGACAGCGAUAAUAAGGAAGGUUAUGACACUUCGUCUCUCUGUGUCCCCAAGUCACAGGAACCAUGAAGCUUCGGCUGCACUUUGUGGUGGACCCCAUGGGCUGGUUCUGCAUCAGUAUGGUGUUCGCCAUCUGGCUCUACAACUCCUUCUUCGUCCCCAAGUUGGUGCUGCUUCCCCAUUUCAAUGAGGGGCAUAUCCCCUGGUCCUUGGUUGUCAGUUACUACUUAGCAUCAGCCUUCUGUAUGGCAGCACUUUUUAGAGCUUCUACAGCCGACCCUGGCAGACUCCCAGCCGACCCCCACAUCCCUCACUCAGAGCGAGAGCAGUGGGAAAUGUGUAGCAAGUGCAACAUGAUGAGACCAAAAAGGUCCCACCACUGCAGCCGUUGUGGCCACUGUGUACGCAAAAUGGACCACCACUGUCCAUGGAUCAAUAAUUGCGUAGGGGAGGACAACCACUGGCUCUUCUUGCAGCUUUGUUUUUACACACAGGUCCUCAGUUUGUUCACCCUGGCUCUGGACUUCUGCCAGUACUAUUACUUCCAGCCCUUAACCACAUUGGACCAGGAGGCGUUUAUGGCACGUCAUGAGCUCGCCCUGAUACGAGUGUCUGCGAUCAUGGGUCUGGUGAUGUUUGCCGGCAUGAGCAGCCUCUUCUAUACUCAGAUGGCUGGCAUCCUGACAGACACCACCACCAUUGAGAAAAUGGCUAACUUCUCAAGUAAAAUAGGUGGGGCUGGUGGUGGGUCAAAUAAAUCCUGGCAGCGGACACUGGCUGAGGUGUUUGGCACUACCUGGAAAGUCCUGUGGUUCAUCCCGUUGAGGAGCAGGCAACCGCUGACCUUUCCCCACCACUUCCGCACUCAUGUGUAGAUUAGUGAAGGAGUUCUGUCCCACUUCGAUCCAGACGAUAGGCUGCCAUCUCUGACAGAGAAUACACUGUGCACACUCUCAGCACCCCCCGCCUGCCUUCACCUCCCUGUUUUGUGCCAUCUAAGCUGGGUGGUAGUCUUGAUUGGCCAGUGGAUACACAGUCUUUUUGUCUUUCUCUAUAGGAUGUAGGAUUGACAGUGUCUGAACUGGGUCACAAACUUCUGCAAGAGUCGAGGACAUGCUACCAAGUGCAACCUAGUGCCCUUUAUAAUCAUUACUAGGGGCUCCAUUGUGCUCCAUUGUCCCAUUGUGGAAACCACUUUAAGGGAAAAUUGCUUUUGAGAGAAACUUUGACAAAAAGGAAAUCACUAAGAACCUCAAUUUGAUUGUAGGGCCAUGUAGACCUUCAAACCACACUAAAUACUAACCCUAACUCCGUACCCAAUACACAGCCUAAUUUUUCUAUAAUUUGUGCCUUCUUUUGACUUUUUGUCCAUUCAUGUGUCAUAAAUCAGCAGUGUUUCUGCUGUUAUUAUCUGGUGGGCUGGGGCCUGCUGUUACAAGAUAUAAAAUGACAUUUUUAGUCAGUCUUCCAAAUGGUUUGGAUACAUGCUUUUUACAGAAGGCUAUAUAAGUAAUUAUUUUGGGAAGAAGUUGGAUAUCAAGUGGUGGGCAAGUUGGUUUAUGGAUUUCUAUAGGGAAGAGCAGUACCAUGAUUGAACUGCAUUCCAUAAUUAUAUGGUUCAAGGGUUCCUUUGCUUUACUUUUUACACUCAUAUUUAUUUUUUGAAAAAAGAAAUGAUGAUGCUCUUACAAAAAAUAUAUACCACUAGUAACACCUUAAUUUUAACUACAUAGUAACUAACCAUGGCUAAUCUUCCAUUCACAGUGAUAAUGUAUUUUGUUCCACAUUCAUUACUAUCAAUUAGACAACAUUUCCACAGAAGUGCUGAGCUUUCACAGAUAUCCAUGAUUAAAAACAUAUCACAAUGCUAGAAAGUCAUUGGUCAUCCAUUUAUAAAACACUAUGUUUGCUUGAGACUUUUUCAAACCUCCACACUUCCUAUUGCCAAAUUAUUUAACCUUACCAAUGAAGAUGAUUUGUAAAAUGUCCCAAUGGGGAGUCACCGUGAAACAAGUGGAUUGUAUCAACAUUUAUUUCAGGCUAUACCAAAUACUUGUAUUUAUAUGUAUCUGCUGUUGUACACUUGGCUGUAACAUUGUGCAUAUGCACUGAUAUAUUACCUCUAUAUUUUCUGUACACAUUCCACAUUUUUUUCAAUAUACAUAUACUGUAGAAAUGGUCAUCAAAUGGUUAUUUCAAUGUUGUCAUCACUUGUUGAGUUGAUAAUUUUUGAUGAUUUGAAUGUAUGAUAAUAACGUGUAGUCUCCUGUACCGUAUGUAAGACCUAGUGGAGUCUCAGAACACUGUAAGUAAGUAGGCACUGAUUGAUGUUGAUUUGUUCUUAUGUUGAAUGUGGGGACAGCUGCUGUAAAUUGUCUGUCAUGUUUCUACUUUCUCCUUUUCUGUACAUUGAUUGGUCGUAAAUGGUAGUGGACGCUGAAAUAUUUUUUUGUAAUAACAAUAGGGUCUUUAAUUAGAAUUUCCUGGUUGACAUUGUAGUAUGUUUUCUACUCGGUACUUCCUUCAUCAUAUAGGAUGCAUCAUAAAUGGGGAAUGUUAAUGUUACAAUAAUGCAAAAUACAUGUUUUUCGUUUAGACUUAAACUAUUUGUAAAUGGCACGUCACCAAUAGGAGUGCCACCAACUGUCUUAAACCAUAGAUGUAUGUACACUACAUCAACUGUUAGUCUAAAAAGGACCUUGGUGAGGCUCUGUAUCGUCAUUACAUCAACUGGUCUCCCACAGGGCUUGAUGCUAGGUCCCCUGCUGUUCUCUUGUGUAUCUUCUACACUCCCCAACCCUCUCCUUCUUAAACUUAAUCUCCCUCCUAACUUGAUUACAUUUACAUUUUUAGUCAUUUAGCAGACGCUCUUAUCCAGAGCGACUUACAUGAGCAAUUAGGGUUAA